UGCCCCAAAUGUCAUGAACCCCAAUACCACGAUUGGAGGAAGACUCGAGGCAAAAAAAAAAUUACUCGGUGUAUGCUCACUAUGAUGGCUAUAGGACAGACGAUACAGGCCAUGAAACAGCAUCCAGACAUGGCUGAAAAACUCCUUUACCGUGCACGAGCUACCAAGGAGCUUUUUUGA